AUGCCGGGCCGCACCGUGUGGCGGCUGGCGCUGCUCGCCCUCUGCCUGGCCGCGGCGGCGGGGGGACAUCGCCGCGGAGCCGGCGGCAAGAGCCGGCGGCAGGCGCAGACCCAAACCACGUCGGUGCCGCAGGGCACCCCCGCGCAGGGCAAGCAGACCUGCUAUGACAAUGGAAGGUACUAUCAGAUAAACCAGCAGUGGGAGCGCACCUACCUGGGAAACACGCUGGUCUGUACCUGCUACGGUGGGAGCCGAGGGUUCAACUGCGAGAGCAAGCCCGAACCCGAAGAAACUUGCUUUGACAAAUACACGGGAUCCACUUACCGGGUAGGGGAGACCUAUGAGCGCCCCAAGGACUCCAUGAUCUGGGACUGUACUUGCAUUGGAGCUGGACGUGGGAGAAUCAGCUGCACCAUUGCCAAUCGCUGCCAUGAGGGUGGCCAGUCCUACAAGAUCGGCGAUACCUGGCGCCGGCCCCAUGAGACGGGCGGAUACAUGUUGGAGUGUGUGUGCCUGGGCAAUGGGAAGGGCGAGUGGACCUGCAAGCCUGUGGCUGAGCGAUGCUACGACAACACGGCCGGGACAUCCUAUGUGGUAGGAGAGACCUGGGAGAAGCCCUACCAGGGCUGGAUGAUGGUGGACUGCACCUGCCUGGGUGAGGGCAGUGGCCGCAUCACCUGCACCUCCAGAAAUCGGUGCAAUGACCACGACACCAAGACUUCCUACAGAAUUGGAGACAACUGGAGCAAGAAGGAUAACCGUGGAAACCUGCUUCAGUGCGUCUGCACCGGGAACGGCAGAGGGGAGUGGAAAUGUGAAAGGCACACGUCCCUGCACACAACCAGCACUGGAUCUGGCUCUCCCAGCUUCACGAACGUGCAGACCGCGCUGUACCAGCCCCAGCCCCAGCAGCCCCAACCUCAGCCCUACGGGCAGUGCAUCACUGACAACGGGGUGGUCUACUCUGUGGGGAUGCAGUGGCUCAAGACACAGGGCAGCCAGCAAAUGCUCUGCACCUGCCUGGGCAACGGAGUCAGCUGCCAGGAGAUAGCUGUGACCCAGACGUAUGGUGGCAAUUCUGAUGGAGAGCCCUGUGUUCUGCCUUUCACCUACGAUGGAAGGACCUUCUAUUCCUGCACCACCGAAGGCCGCACAGAUGGGCACCUCUGGUGCAGCACCACCUCCAACUUCGAGCAGGACAGGAGAUACUCCUUCUGCACUGAGCAGAAUGUUCUGGUGCAAACACGGGGUGGCAACUCCAAUGGUGCUCUGUGCCACUUCCCCUUCCUGUACAACAACCGCAACUACACCGACUGCACAUCGGAGGGACGGAGGGACAACAUGAAGUGGUGUGGGACCACCGAGAACUACGAUGCCGACCAGAAGUUUGGGUUCUGCCCCAUGGCUGCCCAUGAAGAAAUCUGCACGACCAAUGAUGGUGUCAUGUACCGUGUUGGGGACCAGUGGGACAAGCAGCACGACAUGGGCCACAUGAUGAGAUGUACUUGUGUUGGAAAUGGCCGUGGAGAGUGGACCUGCAUUGCCUAUUCCCAGCUCAGAGACCAGUGCAUCGUGGACGGCAUCACCUACGAUGUGAACCAGACCUUCCACAAGCGCCACGAUGAGGGGCACAUGCUGAACUGCACGUGCUUUGGCCAGGGCCGGGGCAGAUGGAAAUGUGACCCUGUUGACCAGUGCCAGGAUUCAGAAACCCGGACCUUCUACCAAAUCGGAGAUUCCUGGGAGAAGUACGUCCAUGGGGUCAGAUACCAGUGCUACUGCUAUGGGCGUGGGAUUGGGGAAUGGCACUGCCAGCCUCUGCAGACCUACCCAGGUUCAACUGGGCCCGUUCAGGUGAUCAUCACAGAGAGUGCAAAUCAGCCAAAUUCCCACCCCAUCCAGUGGAAUGCUCCUGAACGAUCUCACAUCACCAAGUACAUCUUGCGCUGGAGACCGAAAAACUCUGGAAGGCAGUGGAAGGAAGCCACCAUCCCUGGCUACCAGAACUCCUACACCAUCUCAGGCCUGAAGCCCGGUGUGAUAUAUGAAGGACAGCUCAUCAGUGUUCAGCAGUACGGCCACAAAGAAGUCACUCGCUUCGAUUUUACCACAACCAGCACCACAGCAGUGACAAGCAACACUGUUUCAGGAGAGACAACUCUUCUUCCUCCUGUGGUUGCUACAUCAGAGUCUGUCACUGAAAUCACAGCCAACAGCUUUGUUGUCUCCUGGGUUUCUGCUUCUGACACAGUUUCUGGGUUCCGUGUUGAGUACGAGCUGAGCGAGGAGGGCGAUGAGCCGCAGUAUCUUGAUCUUCCAAGCACAGCCACUUCUGUCAACAUCCCCGACUUGCUUCCUGGUCGCAAGUACAUUGUUAACGUCUAUCAGAUCUCUGAAGAAGGAGAGCAGAAUCUGAUCCUGUCUACUUCACAGACUACAGCUCCCGAUGCACCUCCCGAUCACACAGUGGAAAGUGUGGAUGACACAUCAAUUGUCAUCAGCUGGAGCAGACCACAGGCUCCCAUCACAGGCUACAGAAUUAUCUACACCCCCUCUGUGGAAGGCAGCAGCACAGAGCUCAACCUGCCCGACACUGCAACCUCUGUGACGCUCAGUGACCUGAUGCCGGGAGUUCAGUACAACAUCAGCAUCUAUGCCGUGGAGGAAAACCAGGAGAGCACUCCCAUCUUCAUCCAGCAGGAGACCACAGGUGUCCCACGCACAGGUGAAGUUCCUUCCCCCAGAGAUCUGCAGUUUGUGGAGGUUUCUGACAUCAAGAUCACCAUCAUGUGGACCCCCCCGCAGAGCCAAGUGUCCGGCUACCGAGUGGAGGUGAUCCCUGUCAACCGGCCCGGCCAGCACGGCCAGAGACUGCCCAUCACCAGGAGCUCUUUUGCUGAAGUCAUUGACCUGCUCCCAGGAACCACUUACCUCUUUAAGAUCUUUGCUGUGAGCCAGGGCAGGGAGAGCAAACCUUUGACUGGGCAGCAAACCACCAAGCUUGAUGCCCCCACCAACCUGAGGUUCCUGAACACCACGGAGCACUCGGUGUUGGUGCUGUGGACCCGGCCCCGGGCGGUGAUCACGGGCUACCGGCUGACGGCAGGUCCCACGAGGGGAGGGCAGCCAAGGACCUACAACGUGGGACCCUCUGCCAGCAAGUACCUCCUGAGGAACCUGCAGCCUGGCACCGAGUACACCGUGUACCUCGUGGCAGUUAAAGAUGACCUGCAAAGCGACAGAGCGACUGGAGUCUUCACAACUUAUCAGCCUGCUGGCUCUGUUCCUCCUUUUAAUACAGAAGUGACUGAGACUUCCAUAGUCAUCACCUGGACACCUGCCCCAAGGAUUGGUUUCAAGCUGGGGGUGCGCCCAAGCCAGGGCGGGGAGGCUCCGCGGGAGGUGAUCUCGGACUCCGGCAGCAUCGUCAUCUCCGGGCUGACCCCCGGGGUGGAAUACACCUACAGCCUCACGGUGCUGAUGGACGGCCAGGAGAGGGAGACCCCCAUCGUCCGCAGAGUGACCACACCACUGGCUCCACCAACCAGACUGCGCCUGAAGUCCAGUCCUGAUACCGGGAUCCUGAUUGUCUCUUGGGAUAGAAGCACAUCUCCAGGCAUCAGUGGGUACCGUGUGACCACCACUCCCACCAACGGGCAGCAGGGCUCUACCUUGGAGGAGGUCGUGGGUGCAGAUCAGACCACCUGCACCUUUGAAAACCUGAACCCUGGUGUGGAGUACAAUGUCAGUGUCUACUCAGUCAAGGAUGACCAGGAGAGUGUCCCCAUCUCUGAAACCAUCACUCCAGCUGUGCCUCCUCCCACUGAUCUCCGCUUCACUAACGUGGGGCCUGAUACCAUGAGAGUGACUUGGACUCCCCCGACUUCCAUCGUGCUGAGCAGUUUCCUGGUGCGCUACUCACCCGCCAAGAAGGAGGAUGACGUUGCAGAAGUGACAGUUUCACCCUCAGACAACAUGGUGAUCUUAACAAACCUGCUCCCUGGUACUGAGUAUCUGGUGAGAGUCUACAGUGUUUCUGAGCAACAUGAGAGUGCACCUCUCUAUGGAAUCCAGAAAACAGGUCUUGAUUCCCCCACUGGCCUUGACUUCUCGGAUAUAACUGCCAACUCCUUCACUGUGCACUGGAUGGCUCCACGUGCCGCUACCACAGGCUACAAGAUCCGGUACCAGCCGGAGCAGGGCGGUGGCAGGCCCAAGGAGGACCGUGUGCCCCCCUCACGGAACUCCAUCACCCUCACCAACCUGCUGCCAGGCACCGAGUACGUGGUCAGCGUCAUCGCCAUCAACGGCAGGGAGGAGGGCAUGCCCCUAGUCGGCCAGCAAACCACAGUGUCUGAUGUUCCAAGGGACUUGCAAGUUGCCCCUGCUGGCCCAACCAGCCUUGUGCUUUCCUGGGAUGCUCCUGCAGUGACAGUGAGAUACUACCGGAUCACGUAUGGUGAAACAGGUGGAAGCAGCCCUGUGCAGGAGUUUACAGUGCCUGGUACCAUGUCUACUGCCACCAUCAAUGGUGUCAAGCCUGGUGUGGAAUAUACCAUCACUAUGUAUGCUGUAACUGGCCGUGGAGACAGCCCUGCCAGCAGCAAGCCAGUCACUGUCACCUACAAAACAGAAAUAGACACACCAUCUCAGCUGCAAGUCACCGACGUCCAGGACAACAGCAUCAGCAUCAGGUGGCAGCCUUCAACAUCCCCAGUCACAGGGUAUCGAGUGACAGCUGUCCCCAAGAAAGGACAUGGGCCCACAAAAACUAAAAACGUCCCUGCAGAUCAAACUCAGGUCACUAUUGAAGGUCUGCAGCCCACAGUGGAGUACAUGGUCAGUGUCUACGCUCAGAACCAGAACGGGGAGAGCCUGCCCUUGGUUGAGACAGCUGUCACCAACAUUGACCGCCCUAAAGGACUAACAUUCACUGACGUGGAUGUUGAUUCCAUCAAAAUUGCUUGGGAAAGCCCACAGGGGCAAGUCACCAGGUACAGGGUGACCUACUCAAGCCCUGAGGAUGGAAUCCAUGAGCUAUUGCCGGCCCCAGGGGGCGAAGAAGACACUGCUGAGCUGCAUGGCCUCAGGCCAGGUUCUGAGUACACUAUCAGUAUCGUUGCCAUUUACGAUGACAUGGAGAGCCUGCCCCUCACUGGGACCCAGUCCACAGCAAUUCCACCUCCCACAAACCUGAGGUUCACUCAGGUAACUCCCACCAGUCUCACGGCCACCUGGAGCGCACCCAACGUUCGCCUCACUGGCUACAGAGUCCGAGUGAACCCCAAGGAAAAGACUGGGCCUAUGAAAGAAAUCAACCUUUCUCCAGACAGCACAUCCGCAGUCGUGUCUGGAUUGAUGGUAGCAACCAAGUAUGAAGUGAGUGUGUAUGCCCUGAAGGACUCCCUGACCAGCCGGCCAGCCCAGGGGGUGGUCACCACUCUGGAGAAUGUUAGUCCCCCUCGCAGGCCCCGUGUGACAGAUGCCACCGAGACAACCAUCACCAUCACCUGGAGAACCAAGACUGAGACCAUCACUGGCUUCCUGGUUGAAGCUGUCCCAGCCAGUGGCCAGAACCCUGUUCAAAGGACCAUCAGCCCUGAAGUCAGGAGUUACACUAUCACUGGCUUGCAGCCUGGCACUGACUACAAGAUCUACCUUUACACCCUGAACGAGAAUGCACGCAGCUCUCCAGUAGUACUUGAUGCCUCCACUGCUAUCGAUGCUCCUUCUAACCUGCGCUUCCUUACAACCACGAGCAACUCCAUCCUGCUUACCUGGCAGGCUCCCCGAGCCAAGAUCACUGGCUACAUCAUCAGAUAUGAGAAACCUGGCUCACCUGUCAAGGAGGUUCUGCCUCGCCCUCGGCCCGGCACCACCGAGGCCACUAUUACUGGUUUGGAACCAGGUACUGAAUACAUCAUCUACAUCAUUGCAGUGAAGAACACUCAGAAGAGUGAACCACUGGUUGGCAGAAAAAGGACAGAUGACCUCCCCACAUUGAUUACCAGACCACACCCCAACCAGCCUGACAUCCUGGAUGUGCCUUCCAUUGACGAGGGGACCCCCUACAUCACAAACAACAGGUAUGACAAUGGAAAUGGUAUCCAACUUCCAGGCACCUCUGGGCACCCACAGACAGUAGGACACCAGGGCCAGCAGGUCUUCUUUGAGGAGCAUGAAGAAUACAAGGCGGCCUGUCCCACCACAGCCACUCCCCUCAGGCCGGGCUCGAGGCGGCCGCUGCCCAACGUGGACGAGGCCAUCGAGAUCCCGGGCUACCAGGUGCCCAUCAUCGUGGAGCCUUCCUACCCUCACUCCCGCGGGCCCCGGCGCAACGACACCACGGGCCAAGAAGCUCUUUCUCAGACAACCAUCUCCUGGAGGCCACUGCUGGAGAGCUCUGAGUACAUCAUCUCCUGUCAGCCCAUCAGCCAGGACGAGGAUACACUGCAGUUCAGGGUUCCUGGCACUUCUUCCAGUGCCACGCUCACGGGUCUUACAAGAGGGGCCACCUACAACAUCAUAGUGGAAGCCCUGAAGGAUCACCGGAGACAGAAGGUGCUGGAGGAGGUGGUCACAGUUGGCAAUACUGUGUCUGAAGGACUAAACCAGCCAGCUGACGACACCUGCUUCGAUACUUACACUGGCUCCUUCUAUUCCAUUGGCGAGGAAUGGGAGCGCUUAUCUGAAACUGGCUUUAAACUCUGGUGCCAGUGUUUAGGCUUUGGCAGUGGCCAUUUCAGAUGUGAUUCUUCUAAGUGGUGCCACGACAAUGGAGUGAACUACAAGAUUGGGGAGAAGUGGGACCGGCAAGGGGAGAACGGCCAGAUGAUGAGCUGCACCUGCCUGGGGAAUGGAAAAGGAGAAUUCAAGUGUGAACCUCAUGAGACCACGUGCUAUGACGAUGGGAAGAUGUACCAGGUUGGAGAGCAGUGGCAGAAGGAGUACUUUGGGGCCAUCUGCUCCUGCACUUGUUACGGAGGACAGCAGGGCUGGCGCUGUGACAACUGCCGCAGACCCAGUGUGGAGGUGGCCCCCGAGGGCUCUGCUGGCCACACCUACACACAGUUUACACAGAGAUACCACCAGGCCACGAACACCGAUGAAGAUGAUUAUGCAGAGCGGGAUUAUGCAGAGCGAGAUUAUUCUGAGCGGGAUUAUUCAGAGCUGGAGUAAGAGUGCCUUGACACAAGAUGGACCAAACACCCCCAGGAAGCAUGAAGUAAACCUCAAGAGAAUAUUGGUAGAGCAGCUUAUUAAUUAAAGGCUUGCAGCUGCACCCCCUGCCCCUGUAGAGCGCAAAGACAGUGAGUAGGUACAGGCUUGCUUUGGGGCAACAGCGGGAAGGGAGGGAAAGGAAAACAGUCCCUGCUUUGCACGUGAACUGAGGUGUAGCAAUGGUCCUAAUCCAGCCAGAGACCUACAUACCUAAAAUUAAAUAAGCUUUCAGUGGUUGAGUUGCCAAAAGGAGCGAGACCGUCCAAACCUGUGAUGCUGGAUGUGCUCAAGGAUUCAGAGCCCAGCAGGGGACAGGCACCACCUUCGUCCCUGCCUGUGCCUUACGGGCCCCUUUCACAUCUCCUGUGCUUCUACCUCAUGGGACGGGGAGGGAGGUGAAUGAAAAAUUCCCCUCAAAACCCUUUUUAAAACAAAGCCAGUCUUUAGAACUAACCAAGUCAGCACUGAGUCCCUUUCGCUUGUGCUGCCAAUGCUGCCCAUGCCUGUCCAGCUUUGCAAACGCAGAGCAGGGUCAGGAAAGGUCCUGCCGCCAUUCCUCGGCCCCAUUCCCGCCUGGCUGCGCACGCACUGUACUGCUCAAGGCAAGGGGAUUCUCUGCACUGAAUAAAGCAUCGCAUGAAAAGAGAA